GGUCCGAACUCUCCCACGGCGGCAUGAGAGAGAGACGGUGGACUUGUGAGGCAGCAGCACCACUUCCACUGCCUCUGCCCUUCCCAGUAGAGUAAGAACAGAGCAUCCAUCGAUCAGGUCCGACAAUUCAAUCCAGUUCCAGGGCUGCAAAUUAUCAAGAAUGGAGACCACGCGAAGUCGAAGUACUGCGAGGAGGAGUACUACCGCUAGAGUCUUCCUCUUCCUUCUCUCUCUUGCCGCCUUCGGAGCUUUCGCUCCCGUCUUUGCUCCCCUCCCUUCGCUCUCCCCGCGCUUCUCCCGCCCCGUCAAACUUAAUGCUCGAAAAUUCGAGAUCGCCAAAGACAUGUUCUGGAAAGACGGCGAGCCUUUCCAAAUUAUUGGUGGGGAUUUGCACUAUUUCCGGGUUCCACCUGAGUACUGGGAAGAUAGGUUGUUGAGGAUGAAGGCACUGGGCUUGAAUACUGUUCAGACUUAUGUUCCUUGGAAUUUACAUGAACCAAGAAAGGGGCAAGUGUUUUUUGAGGGCAUUGCAGAUAUAGUAUCAUUUCUGAAGCUAUGCCAAAAGCUUGAUAUCUUAGUUAUGCUUCGAGCUGGACCAUAUAUAUGUGCAGAGUGGGAUUUUGGGGGUUUCCCUGCAUGGUUACUUGCCAUAGAACCUGCUCUUACCUUAAGAUCAUCUGACCCUGUCUUCCUUGACUUGGUUGAUAGGUGGUGGAGAGUACUACUCCCAAUGAUAGCUCCUCUUCUUUACCACAAUGGAGGUCCUAUUAUAAUGGUUCAGAUUGAAAAUGAGUAUGGUUCUUAUGGAGAUGACAAAGUUUAUCUUCAUCAUCUUGUCAAAAUGGCCAGGGGGCAUCUUGGAUAUGGCAUAAUUCUGUAUACAACAGAUGGAGGUUUAAGGGAAUCUCUUGAGAAAGGAACUAUUCGCGGAGAUGCUGUGUUUUCAGCUGUUGACUUUACAACUGGUGAUGAUCCAUGGCCUUGUUUUCAUCUGCAAAAGGAGUUCAAUGCCCCAGGCAAAUCACCACCUCUUUCUGCAGAGUUUUAUACUGGCUGGCUUACUCACUGGGGAGAGAAUAUGGCAAAAACAGGUGCUGAUUUUACAGCAGCUGCCCUGGAAAAUAUUUUGAUGGGGAAUGGUUCUGCAGUGCUCUAUAUGGCACACGGUGGAACAAACUUUGGAUUUUAUAAUGGUGCUAAUGCUGCUGCAGAUGGGUCUGAUUACAAGCCUGAUCUUACUUCAUAUGAUUAUGAUGCACCCAUACAGGAAUCUGGUGAUGUGGACAAUGCAAAGUUCAAAGCUCUGCGCAGGGUUAUAAAUAAAUACAGCAGAUUGUCUCUUCCAUCAGUACCUUCUAAUAAUGAAAAGAUAGGAUAUGGACGAAUCCAGCUACAGAAAACUGCAUUUUUGUUUGAUAUACUUAACAUCACCAGUCAUACUGGUAUGGCGGAAUCUGAAAAUCCAAUUUCAAUGGAGUCUGCUGGCCAGAUGUCUGGGUUUUUAUUAUAUGUAUCUGAAUAUGCUGCAAAAGACAAUGGGAACGUUCUGUCCAUACCAAAGGUGCAUGACAGAGCUCAAGUGUUUAUUUUGUGCCCUUCUAAAGAUGAUGCUCGAAGGCCUACAUAUAUGGGCACAAUAGAGAGAUGGUCAAAUAAACCUGUUGAUCUCCCUUAUACUGACUGCCCUUCCAGCAUUUGGUUGUUGAUUUUGGUCGAGAAUAUGGGCCAUGUGAAUUAUGGGCUAUCCAUGUUUGACAAGAAGGGCAUCUUGUCUUCUGUGUAUUUGGAUGGAGAAAUUCUGCAUGGGUGGAAAACGUUCUCAGUUCCUUUUCAGAACUUAGGUGAAGAGCUGAAAGCAAAUCCUAUUAUUCGGACUGCGUAUUCUAAUAUCAUCACAUCUGCUGCCCAAAGAAGUUUGAAAACCAGUUCUAAAAAAGCUCCAAUAGAACCAGCAUUCUAUGCUGGUUGCUUUACGGUUAAUAAUCUGAGCCAGCUUAAAGACACAUUCAUAUCGUUCAGGGGCUGGGGUAAAGGGAUUGCAUUUGUCAAUGAAUUUAAUAUUGGAAGAUAUUGGCCAUCAUUUGGGCCACAAUGCAACCUAUAUGUUCCCGCUCCAAUCCUUCGCCCCGGAGAAAAUGUUGUGGUCCUAUUUGAGCUAGAAUCUCCUGGUCCCGGGCUUGCAGUUAACUCUGUUGGUCGGCCAGACUUUAAAUGUGGUUCAAGCAGUUCGACGGUGCGCCAGCUUUGAAACUGCGAGCAUUCAUUCAGUUGGCUAGAGGCUAGAUAGGGCUUGUGUUCGGAUCAUUCUCAUUGUCAUUGUCAUUACCUACACCACCAGUGGUUAUGGCUUGACAUUCAAAUGCUGUUAAGUUAUAUCUGUUAAAAAUCCCAAAUGUUGUGCUUAUACAUUGCUUGGUUUUGAUCCGGCUGCUAAAAGAUGCAACUUUUUCGUAUGAUACAAAAUGUUAAAGACAUUAAAUCACUAUUAUUUACAAGACAAGAUAGGACUGUAAUUUGUU